CACCGGACAGGUAGCAUGUGAUGUGAGUUUUUGUGUAGGAGUGAAAAAUGGCAUUUAAUAUUACAGAACAAUUCAUACCAAACCUUGACCAUCCAGCAGCUCACCGUCAAGCAAGAUUUGGUUACAUUCCCCUGUUUGGACUAUUACUUGCAAAUGUACUUUCCAAUAACGUGUUAGCUAAGUACGCGCCUCUUGGAGCUCUACGUCUUAGCUACGAUCCAGUACCAUGGAUUCAAAAACAGCCUCUCCAAAUACAUGACAGCAAUAACUACUGGAAUUCGGUGAGCAAUCCUUACGGGCCUCCUGCUCCUGUUAGUUCCUCUGAAACAACCGAUGGUACCAUUCAGCACGUUCACCACCAUCACCACCUACCGACAGCAAAUCAACAACAAAUUGUGAAUAUCAAUGAGAGACCGACAGAAAUAAUUAUAGGGGAGGGUGACGAGGUCGAAGGUACUGAACAGACUGAAAAUCCCUCCUCCCCUGUUAUAUUAACAGAUGAAAUUGCUCCUUUACCGAUAUUACGCAAUAGUUUAGAGAAACCUCACCACGAUGAACCUGUAGUUGCUGAAUCGAAAACAUUACCGGUAGGAUUAUUAGCUUUUUUGGCAAACUCUACGACACCAGUAUCAAGAAAAGUAAAACGUGGUACAAGUAGGUAUUCGAAACCUCGAAAAAAUAACAAAUAUACUUCCCAGAAAAGGCGAAAAUCAACAACUACAACUCCAGAUUACUACUAUGACAGCUACGAAGAAGAAGAAGAAGAACCCACUACAACAACAACUAGAAGAUACCAGUCAAGACGAAAAAUACCUCAACAGAAGAGGCCAAUAGUUGACUCUUACGAAGAAAGCGAAAGUAGCAUCAGUAAUAGCUACAGUGAUUUAAGUAGAGAAAGUCAAGAUUACGACUAUGAAUCAUAUGAGUAUACAACUAGACCACCUUAUAAAAAGAAAAGACGUACCACCACCACACUCAAAACAACCACUAAUAGACCAAAACGGUACCGAAACAAGUAUAAGCCACGAAAACCACAAAAGGUUAUUUAUCAUGAUGAAUAUGAUGAGGUUGAGUAUGACAUUGAUAGAACAGAACCUUCCACGUCAAGUACGACUGACUCUUUAAAAGUUAGGCAUCAGGAACUACUCUUAAGGCAGCAGGAAUCUUUACAAAGACAGCAACAGCAACUGCAGAGGCAGCAAGAGUUACUACAAAGACAACAGCAACAAAACGACGAAACAACAACUACCAAUCCAGCUCAAACUACUACUACAGCAACUACUACAGCGGCGACUACAACAGCAUCUAGUACAACUCCUAGCACAACAACUAUUAUCACUAUGCUAAUUGAAGGGAAUACUACAGGAACGGGGAAUAAUACUAAAAAUAAUACUGGAUAUGGUUAUGGCCCAUCCAACGGUUACGAGAGCAUCAGCAUAACUUACAGCCCCUCAGGAGUCGGUGCUGGACCAAGCUCAGUGGGAUCAUCGGUAUAUUCACCUCCCUCUCCAAUAUAUUCUAAUCCAAGUCAAACCUACGGUGCUCCAAGUCCUUCGUAUGGACCGCCUCAGCCGACUUACGCUCCACCUAAACCUUCGUAUGGUCCUCCGAGCAACACAUAUGGAGCUCCAAGUACUGGUUCAGGGUUCAGUCCAUCGGUCAGUGGGUACUAUCAAGUACCAUUCGGAGAUUGGUAUAGUAAUGAAGUUGGCAGGAAUUCUAUCGUUAAAAAAGUUCAUGAUAUCGUUGGUUUUGACAAUGUUUUUAAAAAAUAGGUUUAGAUUUAACGUGUACUCGAAACUACUUUAACACAAUAUUGAUUACUGUUAUUUAUAAAAAAAUAUUUUCUAGAUAGAUACUGUAUGAAAAGUAUUUUUAGUAAAAUUUUUUUAGGUGUUGGAGUUAUUCUCAUAAUUUUGCUGAUUAUUAAUAUUUAUUGUAUCACCUCGAAUCGUAUUUUAGCUACCUAUGGCUUAUUUAUUUAUUUUCUUAUUCCAUUAUUAGUAAAGAAAAAGAUCAUCAACAGCUUGCAACAAGUCUGACUUUUACCUUUGUUUCUCCUAAUCUAUAUAACCUUUAUCGUCUUGUUAAAUACUCGUUUUAUCUAUCGCUAUGUUGUAUUAUACAGUAGGCCGGGCCGAAAAAUUGUUUUUCUACUUUUUCUAUACGGCUAGUUGCCAAAAGUUGUGACUAGUAUUUAUAUAAUCCUAUACCAAAUUUGGGCCGGCUUAAACAAUAAUUAACCGGGCCCCCUGGCCCUUAAAAUUUUUUUUGGGUCAAAAUUUUUUUUUCAAAUUCUUGUACAAGGCUAGUGGCUAAAAGUUGAAUCUACUAUUUAUAUAAUUCUAUAUCAAAUUUGGUCCGGUUUAAAAAGUAAUUAACCCGGCCCCCCGGCCCUUAAAGAAUUUUUAUUUUGUAAAAAAAAUGCUAGGGGCUUUUAAAAAAGCUUCUGUUGUCAUAUUAUAUUGUUAAGCGAAAGAAAGAUAAUACAGUCGACAGGAAUAAAUAAUUAAGCUUUUAAAUGCCGUUUUAGAAGUUCUAAACUAAAUUUUCAAAGAUAAUACAACGCUGGUCAUCGACAAAAAUAAAAUUUGUAGAGGAGUUAAGGAAAACAGAGGGCAACUCCAGCGCGAGAAUAAAAAUUUAAACAAGUCAAUUAAAGGGCUAUACUGUGAUGAAAGAAAAUAUCAAACCACGGAAACGCGAGGCGAAUAAUUAUGAAAACUGAAGACCAUAUAGCUUUAAUCGAAGGACCCGGUAAUUUAUAUUUUGGGUACUUAGCUCUUAGCCAUUCUCGUGUCAUAGAUAUUGUCGAAGGAAUAUCUAUUAUUAUUUACAAAGCCAUAAUAUAAAUCUAAGCAGUUUAAGUGUUAUGGGAUGUGAUGGUACAAAUGUCAAUACGGCUGGAAGGUGGAAUUAUAGAAAGGCGAGUGCAUAAACCAUUACAGCGGAAUGUAUGCCCGUUGCACGCUACUGAACUUGCCUUGCGAUAUUUUCUGCGAAAACUAGAUGCGCACACAAAAGGUCCCUAUUCAUAUUCUGAGCUGAUUGGAUCCCCUCUUCCCAAUUGCGAAAAAAUGCGAAUAAAAUUAUUAAAUUUAAACCCAUAGAAGCUAUCCUGCCUCUUGUAAACGAAAAUGAUCUAAGUCCAGAUCAACAAUAUUUAUUCAAACUAUAUAAUUAUAUAGUUUUCUCCAACUAUUAUAAUAAUAAUAAUUUGAGAUGGAAUAUGUUCUCAAAGUUUGGCAGAGAGAAGUCCAGAGAAGAUGACACAAACACGUUGGUUCAUGACAGCGAACCGCAUUAGAGUUUAUGUAGCUACAACUAAUCCUUUGUGAAAGCUUAACGAUUUUAGCUGAGUUUGUAUUACAAGACAAGUAUAUUCUCGUAUGAGGUUUGAGAUAAAAACUUAGCCAAGAUUAAAAUAUGGUGCCAGGCAUCUAUGGAAAUUAAUACAGGCCUCGAGAGAUUUUCCGAAUAAUGUCUCAUCAAUUAUCAAUAAAGUUAUUCAAGACAAUGCUUAAUUUGCACCCCCGGAAGUCAUUCAAAUUUGUAUGUUAACAGAUUCACGUUAACGUAUUAGAGGGGUUGCUGUCACAAAAAUUUUAAAAUAUAGGAAGGCUGGUAUAAAAAUUGCGUUUUCAUAGUAUCCCAAAUCCCUAAAUAAAUUUCGAUGCAGAAGAUUACAUACAUCUCAUAGUGGGCGGGUGGAACUCGCCAUGCAGCUACCUCAUUGUGAUGAGUUCUGGAUUAAAUAAAUAAUAAUAUACAAAAUAACGUUAAAUACGUCCAUAAUAGUUCCAUGUAACAACCUUUCGUGCCGAAUAUUGAUUCAAGCAAAGAGCAGCACAGUUGUUCACAGCGCAAAAAUAGUAAAUAAAUAUGAAUUAUUUACCUCUCUUUUAUAUUUUUAAUCCUGGGGGCUGGCUAAAUUUUUUUAAAUCAUGAUGAAAAUUUCUUAAUGAGAUAGUAGCAUCGAUAUUAAUAUUUUGGACACUAGCCCGCCCCAAAAAUAAAGCAAAAAAAAUAAUUUUUUUAGGACCCCGGGGGCCCGGUCAAAAAGGUUUUAAUUCGGCCUAUGUUUGGUACGCAGUAUUAGGACUACCAUACACAACUUUUUUUUACUAGCCCGUUUAAAAUUUCCCAAAAAAAUUUUUUUGCCCUUUUUCGGCCCGGCCUAUUAUACAGGGUGAGGCAGAUAAAAGUCCUAUUAGAAAUAUCUCGAGAACUAAAGGCAACAGGAUUAUGAAAAUCGGAAUAAAAGGGUUUUGAAGAGUGAUCUAUUCAAUGAAAAUAUUUUCAUCUAUUUGCUACUUCCGGUUAUACUGGAAGUUGCUUAUAACUUCGUUUUUUUUAAAGGGGACACCCUGUAUGUUUUUACAUUUUUGGAUUCUCCUCGAUGUCUUCUUUCUUAAAAUAUUAGGUUUUGUAAUAUUAUACAGGGUAGUUUAAAAGAUAAUUACGUUUUUUUUUCUUAAUUAUGUAGCAAAAUUCACACCCUGUAGAAUUGUAUUAGUUUGACAUCGAAAACUCUAUUUAUGUUCAAAUGAUUUUUAAUAUAUUCUAUUAAUGUUAUUAAUUGUUAGUAUAGCUAAUUUUUUAAUUGUAGUAUACAGCGUUGGUCGAAACUCGAAAUGAGUAUUUUCUGAGUUUUCUUAAAUGGAACACCCUGCAUUUUAGUAUUGUAAGGGAAUGAUAUUUUAUGGUACUUUUUUAUUUCUUAAGCAUUCCCUAUACCUAACUGCUUUAAAUUCUGAGUUAUGGGUGAUUCAAGCCAAAUAUUAAUUGUAACAAAAAAUACGUGAAUAUUGGGUUGGCCGUGAAAAUAUUCAAUCACAAAUAAUUUUUCGGAAAUGAAUACAUAUUAAUCUAGACUGAUCCUUAAAAUUAGCAAUAAUGGUUGAGCUAUCAAAAUAACUACGUUAUUAAGAUUGUUGGUAAAAUUAACAAUUAAGCACAAAUAAAAGAAGUUAGGUAUAGGGAAUGCUUAAGAAAUAAAAAAGUAUCAUAAAAUAUCAU